CUGUAAGUGGUAUUUCUAAAUAGUCUUAUUUUUUUCCCCUUGUAAGAUUUUAAAUAAGAUUGUCGUAACUAAACAUGGCUUCCUCCUUCAAGCAUGCGAGGAUAGGAAGAGAGAUGUUCCGUUCGCCAGUCUUGCUAUUUAAGAAUCAGGCGUUUGUGCGUGUAAAGGUGCACGAAAAGAUAUUCCUCCCAAACCACAGACUAUUCUCCGGAUUUCAAGCAUGUCACCAUACGCACAAACAUCGGGUCAUCCCUCUGCUAACGGUUUCACCAGUCCGGUGGAACAGCACUACAUCAGCGACUGUGUCUGCAGUCAUGGAUGCGGCUGUAGACAAGGUGGCACCAACAGAUUAUAUACCACCUCCACCAUCUUUGCCUGAGGCCCCACAGGUACAAGAGAUUCUAAAUGCCCUUGGAGAGCCAACUUUGGCUAGCUUGGGUUUGGCAAACUGGACACCCAGUGGGCUGGUUCAGAUGGCUCUUGAGGCACUGCAUGUAUCAGCAGACCUUCCUUGGUGGGGUGCUAUUGUCGCAGGUACAAUCUGUGUGAGGCUGCUGAUGUUCCCCCUGGUGAUCAAAUCUCAGCGCAAUGCUGCACACAUGCAUAAUCACAUGCCCACUAUGACUCGACUGCAAGAAAAAUUUACUCAAGCACGGCAGAGUGGCAAUGUCGUGGAAGCCUCCAUUGCUGGUCGUGAAUUGAUGAACUUCAUGCAACGAAAUGAAAUAAAGCCAUUCCGGAAUUUCCUGGUACCUCUAGCUCAGAUGCCAGUGUUCCUGUCAGUCUUUGUUGGACUGCGCCAGAUGGCCAACCUGCCUGUGGAGAGCAUGAAGACUGGAGGGAUGUUUUGGUUCAUGGACCUCACGCUUCCAGAUCCAUUCUAUGGCUUGCCAAUCAUGACUAUGCUUACUUUUUUCUUGACAAUUGAGUUGGGUGUAGAUGGUGUGAAGGCUGGGACAAUGAGCCAUACCAUGAAGUGGUUUUUCAGAGGAAUGCCAAUUAUCAUGUUGCCGUUCAUAGCGAACUUCCCAGCUGCCAUGUUGUGCUAUUGGUUUACCUCCAAUGGCUUCUCCCUGGUGCAAGUGCUCUUCCUGAAGAUCCCACGUGUAAGGGAGUUCUUCAAGAUUGAACAACUGGUCAAGCACCCUGUCACAGCUCUUCCUAAAAAGAAAGGCUUCCUGGAGGGCUUCAAGGAUUCUAUGAACAAUGCUAAAUUAGCAAGAGAAAUGGAAGAGCGUCAUCGUGUAGAUGCCCUUCGAUUCAAGCAGGCUGGACAGGGUCCUAUCACAAAGACAUAUGCAUAUGACCCAACUAAGCUCAAGGCUGCAAAGACAGUCACUUCCAGUCCCAAAUCAUGAGACAUCCUAAACAUUGUGAGCUUAAAAAAAACUGUGCGUGUGCAUGCAUGUGUGUGUGUUGGGUCCACAAGAGAAAGAGAAAAAAAAACUGCAACAACAGUUAAUACUGAGUGGUAAAAAAAAUCCUGAGGAUAAAAAUGUAAUAGACGAGUUUACAGUUCAUGAUUACAGUUCAGUUUACGAGUUCAUAUGAUGGCAAAGUACCCUACUGCAACAACAAAUAUAAAUUAGCUUUUGAUUAACAUUUGUACACAUUAUUGUCUUGGGCUUAGUUGAUGCUUCAUAAAAUGUAAAUCAAAGAUGGAUAAGCGUUAACAUCAACUGCUUUGAAUACACCAAAGGAUGCUUGCAGUUUCAUCCAUGGCAUACUUGAAAUAUGCAGCAUUGUCAGGCUUAUUGAUGUCUUGUUUCAAUCUACGCAUUACAGAGCAUUCAAUGUAUGAAAAAACUGGCAUUAAAGGUUUAGUGCAGAUGUUUUAA